AUGGAACAUCGAAUGCAAAUCGCAAGAGCGCUCAGUACACUAUUUCUGCUAUUCAGCAGAACACUUGGUGAAAACGUCACCUCUGUCAUACCACCAACUAUGCAAAGCGUGCCUGAUAUGGCGCAUACUACGGCAGGCCUAAUGCAUACGACUCAACAGCACCAGUAUCAGCUGUACACAACCUCUACGGUACAACUGAACACCCUGCCUACGGAACAAACAGGUUCCUACACGGUUGCUCAACCAAUUGUUACCGUCGGAGGAUUGUAUGCCAGUCCGACCAGCGACAUAAUACCUUCACCAUCAUCAUCCGUUUCGCCACUGUACAUAUCAAACACGUCCGUUUCCUAUGCACCCACAACCCAAAAUGUGGUACGGCAAGAUAUUAUCGAUAGUUUGCCGGUGGAUGUUACGCAGAUCGAGGAAAAACAGCUCGGUCCCGGUGGACCUAACCAAGUUGAAAGUGUUGGCAUACAGCGAGCCCUGUGCUGGCUCAGGGACAAGCGGCUGCCGGAUUACAGCUGGGGCAACGAUACGCACAUGGUGAUUCUGGCCAAAGAACUGUCCGGAGCACGCGAUCCAUCGGAAAACGAUAACCCUAUACAGGCAGUUUCGGAUCUGGAGAAUUUACUGUCCAUCAAGCAGAUGGACAUUGAGGUACUGACGAUGCUAGACCGUCAUCAUGCUACCGCCAAGCUACCUCAUACGGACCACGUUGCUAAGUACAUUUUGGCCAUGGGUGGCCUCUGCAAGGAUGCGCGCCAUUUUUACGGCCAUGAUUUGGUGGCCGCUCUGGAACAUCAUGAGCAUGAUCAGGGUCAGGAGUAUGAGUUCGCUCUGACAGCACUAGCCAUAUGCAGUUCGGCAACGCAUGUACGAAAGCGCCAAAUACGACGACUGUUGGAUAUAGCCAGCGGAGAGGUGAAUGAUGUUGAUACAAUCGCCAUGGUAUUGUUGGCACUACGGUGCAUCGUUACCGAUCAUCGACACCGUCAUCUGCAGCAUUUUGUCCGCCGUCCAGCUCGUGGUUUGGCUAGUUUGCAAGGACCGCAGGGUAGCUUUGGCUCGCUUCGAAGUACGGCAUUAGCUAUGCAAGCACUUCAAGAUUUAGAACCAGAUCCAGCCGGGAAAUGGAAUCGUACCGCUGCAUCUGAGUGGCUUCUGGCUAAGCAACGAUCAGAUGGAGGCUGGACUGAGGAGCCGCUACAAGACGGACAGGAUCCUAGCAUCGGCAUUGGGCUAACGGCCGACAUUGUUCUCGCUCUCGGUUGGCGAGGCUUGGGAGCAGUUCGUGCAUUACAAUGUGAUCAUGUGAUGCGUGAAUCCAACGAACCAUCCGAAAAUGGGGAACCCAAGCUAGCGGCACCGAUUGGUCUCGGUAUAUCGCCCGUAGAAGAGCUGGAACCGAGAAAUGUUUCCUAUACCUACACCUUAUGGGUGGGCACGAAUGAAACGGAAGAAUAUUUCCUCGAUUUGACCUCGCCGAAAAAUACAACAUUUUUCCGAGCCAUGAAACAAGCGGCGGAAAUAGAUCCAAGAUUUUCUUUUGAAGCCCGUGAAUGGCCCAACGGACACUAUGUGCAUACACUCGCUGGAAUGAAGGAAGAACCGAAGAGUUAUCACUUUUGGCUGCUUUAUCGCUUACCCGAAAGGCCGGACACCAAAAAUCCUCCCGGAAAUCAGUUAAUAGCUCCAUUAGGAGUGGAUGAGCUGUUGGUGGAAGAUGGAGAACACUAUCUCUACUGGUACAAGAAACUAUAAACCUUAGUUUCCUUUAAAAGCAAACACAAAAGAGAUAGUAAGCAAUAAGCGACCACAAAUAUUUUU